AUGACAAAGGAAUUUGACAUUGUUGUCUUCCCAGGAGAUUAUGGAGGUCCUGAGGUUAUGGCAGAGGGUCUCAAGGUAUUAAGCGAGAUUGAACGCCAGUAUCACUUAGAUGUGUCCUUCAACCUCAAAUAUCAUUUGAUUGGCGGAGCUUCAUUUGAUACUCAUGGCACUCCAAUCACAACAGACGCUCUUGACGAUGCAAAAGCGGCCUCGGCUGUUCUCCUGGGUGCUGUGGGUGGUCCAAAGUGGGAUGGAACACUAGUCCCAGUUGAAUCUGGGCUCGGUAGACUUCGAAAGUUUUUGGAUGCCUUCGGAAACAUCCGCCCAGUGAAUUUCAUUGCGCCCUCCCUAGUACAUUGUUCUUCGUUCAAAGAGCACAUCGUCAGUGGUGCAGAUAUCACCAUUGUGCGUGAGCUCACCGGCGGUAUCUAUUUCGGUGAACGCCAAGAGCAUGAUGGCUCAUUCAAUUCAGCAUCCGAUCUCGAUCACUAUGAUCGUGACUCGAUUGUACGAGCGGCACGUCUAGCGGGAAAGCUGGCGAUGUCGAAAGAGCCGCCCUUGCCAGUGAUAAGCUUAGACAAAGCGAACCUGCUCGCAGCCUGUGGCAGGUUGUGGCGAGGCGUGGUGAAGGAAGUGUUCGAAACUGAAUUUCCGACAGUCAAACUGAGCCAUAUGUUGAUUGAUACUGCUGCAAUGAAUAUGGCGCGUCGUCCAACAAGUUUGAAUGGCAUAAUAUUGACCAGCAAUAUGUUUGGAGACAUCAUUAGCGAUGAGGCGAGUGCUAUUCCAGGGAGUAUGGGUCUUCUUCCAAGUGCUAGUCUAUGCGCGAUUCCGACUAUGCUUGAUGGCAGCAAGGUCCAUGGCAUCUACGAGCCCAUCCAUGGGUCGGCACCUGACAUAGCAGGUCAUGGAAUAAUAAAUCCGACAGGUAUGAUACUGUCUACGGCUAUGAUGUUACGGUACUCGUUGGCGAUGCCGGAAGCGGCUGAUUCUAUCGAAGCCGCGGUUAGCAAGGUAAUCGAAGAGGGCUGCCGAACUUCUGAUAUAGGUGGGAAUGCCUCCACGGCAGACUUUGGAGAUGCUGUGGUUGCUGCUCUGAAGAGUUACACUUAUAAGUAA